AGCAGCCAAUGAGCGCCUGCCUAGCAUCUCCCUGACAAAUAUGGAUGACAGGACAACGCGAGUAAACGGCUGUCAGAGUUCCGCCCACCUCUGCACGGGCCCUUAAACAUGUCCACAGAUGACAGCGUCUCUGAGGACGUGUCUAGCUCGGGGCCCCACAGUCUCUGCCGGGCCGGUGGUGGCGGCAAGGAGAGCGAGGCGUCUCCGCUGUCCUCCGAGGCCACCACGGCAUCUGGGCUUGGGGUCUCUGAGGGCAGGCGUUCGGACUCCCAGACCACAGGGGGCACUGUGGCCAACCAGACCGUCAAGGGCACUGCGCCGUGCAAUAAAAUCAGGGGUCUUUGUCUGAGCCCUGAGGAUGACGCAUUCGUUCCGAGCAAGAACCUCCCGUUCAUCAACCCGAGCUCCCUGGAGACCCUUCGAGCCCUGGUGGAGGAGAUUCGCAGCAGUGGCGAGACGGACCCGCAGCUGUGGAAGGACUGCGAGGGCCGAUGGCUGCAUCUGUUUCAGCUGGUGGAGAAGCAAUAUCAGGAGCAAAUCCUUGCGCAGCAAGAACAGUACCAGUGCCAAAUCCAGUUGAUUCAAGACGAGAUCAAGGCGCUGGUGCAGCUCCAGAACCGGCCGCUCCAUGCGGACUUCACCCACAGCGCCGCCAUCCAAACCAGCGAGGACACCAGCAAGGACUCGCUCUUGCCGCUCAUGGCCGGCGACUGCGCAUUGACCACUCGCGCGCCCAGCGACAGUGACAGCCUGGCCGCCCCCGCCGCCCUCUCCCCGUUCGGCUCCCCCUCGCCGCCGCACAGGCCCGACGGCGCCGAUGAGCGGGCCGCCACGGGGCUCAGCAGCGGCUACGGCACGCUGUCCGCCUGGGAGUCGGGAGAGACGCAAGAGCCCCGCUGGUCCCGAGACGCCCGUGCCGCUCCCGCGGCGCAGGACCAUGCCAAGGCUCGGGACGAGGCGGAGUCGUCAGCAGCCCGCCAGCGCACAACCUCAGGUCAGGGUCUGACCUCCUGGGCUUUGAGGCAGAAAUUGCGAGCCAAGAAGAUCAAGACGGGAGCCUCCCAAAUUCCCGAGUACGAGGAGCUGCCGCGCAGCCUGGGCGAGUCGGGCCCCGGCCCGCCGGAGAGCGCCGACUCCCGCCGUCCAGCCGCCGCUUUGCCCUCGGCCUCUUUUGCGAUGCGGAGGAGCGACAGCCUUUUGUCUGAGGCCUCAGGGCUGACCUACUGGCGUCUGAAUGAGUGCGACCUCUAUCACCGUCUGCCCGACACCCUCGACGCCAACGACAGCGGCGCCGCUUUCUUCCUGCAAGAAGCUCCCGCCCAUCAGGCCGAGGACCUUGGUGUUUCUCUGCGAGAGCUCUACCAUCACAAACGCAGGGCGGACGUCAAACGUGGCGAGUGGGAACGCUCCGGGACUUCCACUCCGUUGUCUCUGCGGCCACUGCUCGUGGAGGCAUCGCAGCCUUCCUCUAUGACGCCUCUUAGUCUAGACGGCGUCUCCGACGCAUCGCAGGAAGUCCCGUCGUCCAUCCCGCGGACGAGGAUCGGCGAGGAGGAGGAGGUCACACGCGCCCGCAGUUCCACUCUGAGGCCUGGUUCUGGUUCCCUCGAAGAUCCCGUCAUCCUCUCCCUGCUGCGACAGAACUUGAGAGAGAAGCACUCACGACACGUGGCUGACCUGAAGGCGUAUUACGAGUACGAGAUUCAAGUCCUGCGAGACAAGUUGGAGCUCCAAGAUCCCCCCGGAGACCUGGAGAGGAGCAACCGGAUGCUCUCAGACAGGUGUCAGCAUCUGGAGAAAGCUCUGGCUGAAGCGGGGAGAUGCAUCGACCGGCUGGAGGAAACCAAUGCCGCGCUGGAGAAACGGCUGGCCGAGUGGCCCGAGCGCUACGCGGUGGCGGGCGCCACCGUCAAGUCGCUGCGUCAGCGUCUGGAGGACGGCAAGCGCUCGGCCAAGGAGAAGGCGGCGGCCGUGACCAAGGCUCGACGGCAAAUUGACGACAGCGAGGCCAGGAGGGAACGGGAGGUCCAGGCCAAGAAAGAGCUUCUUGCACAAUACAACUGUGUGCUGAAGGAAAACGACAAACUAAAGAGCAACUUGCUGUCAACGGAGGACAAACUUUACCAAGCCAACGAUUCCAUUUCAGACUUAAAAAGAACCAUUUCUAAGCUGGAGUCUCAAGUACGGCAGUUGGAGCAUGAGCACCAGGCCAGGGUCCGCCACACUCCCCACGCCGCCCCCCAGCCGUCCGGAGCCGGUCUCUUCCACCAUCCUGACCUCCUGCGCUCACCCAGCAGUGGCAAUGCAGAGCCGGACGUCACCUGCCGGAGGUCACCCCGUCUGGAAGUCCAACAGCCGACGCCCGCUGCAAAGUCUGCCUUCCCUUCCGAAACUUUGAUCAGGUGCACGGCCCCCCGAGACCCCGACCAAACGCCGUCCACAUCCAGACUGCGGGAGGAGGGCACUGGCCUCUUGGCGCCCAUCAUGAGGGCGCUGAUUGAGAUGGAGGAGACGCGCGCCACCGAGACCAGAGCCCCCUGGCUAACCAAUCACAGGACAUCACUUGGCGGCAUCGGAGGUCCGCUAAGAAGUCAGAGGAGUUUGUCUCCGGACGGCCAUCGGUCGUCCUCGCUUCCUCCGCCAGGACUACGGAGCGCCAUUGCGACCACGCCCACCAAGAGAGAGACCUUACUUGCCCCAUUGCCAGCCAAGGGCAGCCCUAAGCGCUGCCCCACCGAGAACUACUCCACCGCCUUUGGUCACAUGAUGCCUCGGGAGGAGCAUCUCAGCAACAGGUGUGACGCACAUGCCGACCACACGAGGCGCCACUCGUUCCACAGCGGCAGUCCCAGGAAGAAACUGCACUUUGGAUCAGCUGACCAUCAUGCCGCUGCUGUCGUGUCAGAGCCCCCCAUCUGUAGCGAUGCACAGCUGCCAUGUGAAGAUGGAAGAGGAUACCCGGAAGGAUGCCCGGCCUCUGACAACAAAGCUCUGUCCUUGGUGGAGGCCGAAAGGCUUUUUGAUGAGCUCACACAGGAGAAACUUGAGAUCGAGGCAUCUCUAAGCCGCAUGCCGCCGUCGUCGUCAGGCGGACGAGUGAGCAGGAAGACCAGGCUGGACCAGGUGGCCUUAGAGGAGCGUCUGGAGCGUCUCAACCGAGACCUUGGGUCAAUCCGCAUGACGCUCAAGAGGUUCCAUGUUCUGCGCUCCUCUGCCAGCCUAGCAUAGCAGCAUGCUAAUGUUAGCCAUGCUAGCAUCUUUUUAACCUAUCACUCAGGGAUACUUUUUAUACCUCUUUUCUGGAAGUCUAUAUUUUUAGUACCACACAGAUUUGUAGUUUUUUUUUUUUUUUUUAAAGGACGUGUAUAUAUAUUUCUGAUCAAGGCUGUUUCACACAGUCGCAAUAAUUUCGUCAUGCUCUUGUUUACAUCAUUUACAUUGAAUGAAAUACUUUUGUGUUACUUGACAUUCCGACUUUUUUUUUUUUUUUACCCCCAAACACAUGAUUAUUUUUGUUGGUUUUUUUAUAGCAGGGCCAGAGCCAGCACAAUCAUCUCUACACUCACCCUUUUUUAUGCCUAUCCAAAUUGUCCUUGGCAACUAUUAAUUAAUAUGAGCCUCAUUGCACAAUAAAUUCAGUUUAUUUUCUA